AUGGCGGCAACAUCGAGGGCAUCUGGCGGCUGCUGGACGUGCCGGCUUCGGCGCAAGAAAUGUGAUGACGAACGACCAAUUUGCAAGGGAUGUCUCGCCCUCGAGAUCGAUUGCCUCUACAGCGACGACAAGCCGGAAUGGAUGGAUGGCGCCGAAAAGCAGAAGCGGAAAGCCGACUGGCUCAAGAAGGAGGUCAAACGAAGGGCCGCCCAUCGGCGAGAGCGCCGCUAUCUACAAGGUCUCGAUGUCAGACUCGAGUCCCUCGAUGCCUCCCUUACAGACGACAGCAACAGGGCGGUCGCUAAGGACCUCAUCAAUGCCGCCCCGCUAUCCUCCAGUGCCGCCACUUCCUCGACCUCGCGCUCCGUGGCCGAGAAAUCCACGCCAAAUUCUGGGUCGGAUAGCGCAUUAACGGAUUCCCCAACCUCGGCUCCAUCUCCAGAUGAGCAUGCGGACGAUUUCACCCCAGCCUGCAAGCAACAUCGCGCGAGAUUGUCACGAGAAGCAGAAGCCCACUCAACCAUGAUGUAUCUGGAUUAUGUCUUCCCCUUCUUGUUCCCCUACUAUCGGCCUUCAUUUUCCGAUAUUGGGCGGGGCUGGCUUCUCGUUCUUCUGAAUAAGAACAACACCCUGUUCCACUCUGCCCUCAGCCUCGCGGGCUACUUCUAUGGCAUCGUGAUCGGCCAGAUGCAAUAUGCACCUUCAGAAUGCCACUCUCACAACUUGGAAGCGCUCCAAGAACAGCAAGGGUUAGCCCUCAGGUGGUUGCAGCGCGAAAUGCAAGACAUCGUUACCCGCGGAGUGAAGGGCAAUCUUGCCGAGGCCAAUCGUGUGAUGGCAAGCAUCAUUCAACUCAUGACAUGCGACAUUGCCACUGCGAAGCCGGGGAACUGGGAAAUGCAUCUGGGUGCUGCAACAGAACUCUUCAAUGAGAUCAUGAAACACCACGCAAUGACAGAGGAGGGUCAUGCCUGCUUCAUGAUGGUGCUUCUCCAACUGGGCUCGAGGCCUUUUACCUGGACCCCCAAGAACCACCCAUGGGGGUCGGACCAAGCCAUACUACGCUUUUUCACUGCUCAACUUCUCUUCCUCGAUACCCUCGCGAGCACCGCGUUGCAACAGCCCCCAAAGCUCCAACAAUGGCAUUACAGUUUAAUGAUGCCUCUUGACGACGAAGCUUUGAAGCACAUGCCAAAACUUGAGAAGGAGCAAACCUUGCCCCAUAUCAACCUUCGGGACUUUGUCGGGGUGGAAAAUUGGAUCAUUAUCUCCAUUGGGGAGAUAGCCGCUCUCGACUCAUGGAAGAAGGAGAUGAAGCGCUCGGGGUCCCUGUCCGUCGCCCAACUCGUCACCCGCGCCUCAGCAAUAGAACAGCGGCUUCGAGCGUCACUUGAGACGCUUGGAGUUGCUAUCAACCACGACGGCCCGUCGGUCGAUGGGCCCCAACAUCUGCUACAAUAUUUUGCUGGCAGCUUUUCCCCCCACAUGAUGCACGAUGUCGCCAUGAACUCCCGAAUCUGGGCCCAAGCAGCCAUCACAUACCUCAGCGUUGUUCUCUCAGGAUGGCAACCAUCCAGCGCGGAGAUCCGAGGCUCCGUCGCAGAAACUAUUGAAAUGUUUCUGAGCCUUCCAAGCCCAGACUGCCUUCGGACGCUCGUGUGGCCCUUCACCAUCACCGGCUGUUUGGCGGGCCCAUGUCAAGAGCAAACCUUUCGAGACUUGGUAGCGAGUAUGGGGCCGUUGAAGGUGCUUGGGACCAUCCGGGAAGGCCUUGCCAUUAUGGAAAGGGUCUGGGAGCGCCGCGCCGACAUUGACGAGAACCCGGACCACUGGGACCUCUCGGCUUCCCUCAGGAGCUUGCAACAACCGGCUUUGUUGCUAUGA